AUGACUUAUGCUCAAUUCAUGGGGGCCAAAGUCAAUGGUGAUCUUUGGUUCUUUGAUUGCACUAUUGAUGAAUUUGCCAACUGCCACUUUCAGGGCAACUCAAUAGUGGACAAUUUUUGCCCCCGUGGCCACUAUUAUGACAUCAAUGGACUCACUUUAGGUCAUAUCUAUGUCUCUGGAAUUGUGCAUCCUGGAUGCUACAUUGCAGCUGGAGCUGUUGUGAAUGGAGAAGAAAAUGGCCCAUGGAAAUCGUUCUUUUCCGGACACUCCAAAGAAGUUGUGGGCAAUCCACACGAUCUGGAAGCAACCGAAGAUCUAUGCUGA